AUGUCAUCAUACCUUAGGACCUUCUCGGUGGACAAGAAUCCGGAAUCCUGUGACGAAUACAAGUUCACGCUGCCGGAACUGUAUCAGGAGUUAGCUAAGGAAAAGCUUCGAGAAGAUGACAGCGUUCGUGAACAAUCCCUCACGGAAAUGCGCCAGUGGAUCGUGGACAACCCGCACAUCCGCAAAUGUCGCACGGACGCAAAGUUUCUGCUCCGAUUUCUACGAUUCCGGCAGUUCUCGGUCCCAAUGGCGUGCGAGGCACUUGAAAGGUAUCUUUCUAUACGUGCCCUCCACCCUAGUUUGUUCGAAAAACUCGACUGUGACGAAGCGAUCAUGAAAGAAAUCCUGGAUUGUGAGCCUCUAUCUUACCUCGGUCAGGAUCACACCGGCCGGGCGGUGUUUCUUCUCCGGUUUGGUCAGUUUAAUACCGAAAAGCAUAGUCCCAUGCAUCAGAUUCGCUACUCGAUGCUCAUGCUGGAAACGGUGCUCGAGUGGGAAGAGAUGCAGAUCGGUGGCUUUGUACUGCUGAUCGAUUAUCGCGACUGUAGUAUGGAUCUAUUCACGCAAUGGAGCAUGAUAGAAAUGAAGUUCAUUGCUGACGUGUUUAACGGAUCCUAUCCGGUGUGCUGUGAACAAAUUCACGCUGCGCAGCUGCCCAAACUAGCCGUUCCUGUCAUUAAAGUGCUGCUUUCAUUCGCCAAUCCUAAACUGCGUGAAACAAUUACGUGCUACUCGACGAUUGCGGAGUUGGAGAAACAAUUCGAGGGUCCUUUGAAACCGAGUCUGUAUGAUGGAGAGGCAGACCUGGAUGAAUUGAAUCGGGUCUUUCGAAAACGCAUUGAAGAUCAACGCUCGAUCGUGCUUGGAUUGGAUGAUAUGGAGAUCGAUACAGAUUACUAUGCAUCCGUGUGGGAUUCGAAAGCCGACAUGUUUUCGGAUGCAAUGCACCCUGAGAUUGUGUUUAAGAAUUUGAGCAUUGACUGA